GGCUGACAGCCGCUGACUCCUUUGGGCUGACUCUUGUUUGCAAUCGAACCGUCAGUGCCAUAGCAAAGCUAUUGCGCUCAUUUACUAUCGUUUUGUUAUAACUCGUAACUGUCGUUCAUUCAAACCACUGUCAUUAUGUUCACGGACCCUUCUGCUCGUGUCCCCCACGUCUUCGUUAUACCCCCCGAAGAAGAGCACUCGCAAAAUCCUCCUUGGUGCUGUUUUGACGCAGACUUGCCUCCAGAAAAUAGCAGAUACAUAGAGGUAUCCUCUGCUAACCAGCCUGACAUCGUAUUCGAUGUACCCUUCUUGCUGCACGAGCCAGAACCCGCUCCCCCCUUCCACCAUGAGCAAUCUAGUGUAAGCCCAGUGGUUGCUCCACAGUCCAGAAGCUCUACAUCUAGCAGUAGGAGCGAGAAGCAUCAGAACCAACAGCAUAUCGUAACCUCUGCCGUGCGCAAUAAUGACCUCGUUCGCAUUGUCCAGCGCGACGUGCGAGAGGACUCGGACGUAAUCGAAGUCGUCAAGGUCAAACGUCCAAAGGACAAUAAAUUCAAUCACACAGAUCACGUUCCACCAUCCCCGUCUAACCAAGAGAUACAUUUAAAGCGCUCAAAGACUUUUCGCGCUCGUGCAUCCCGUGCUUUCCAAUCCAUAAAAAAUGUAUCUCUCCCCCGUGGCAAGCAGAACAACUCCAAACCACAUGUCAAGGACCUUUGGACAUCCACUGAGAGCAUGCCAGGCAUCUUCAGAGGCAUUCUGCAUACCAAAGAGGACGUGUCACCAACAGCGAGUCGCAAGCUUUCAAGCUUCUUGCAGAGACAGCCGUUUUCCUCAGAUGGAAUCCUCUCGAGCUCGACGACUACGUCAUUACCUUAUCUCAAGGGCUCUGACACCACUCCUUCCAUCGCUGAGAUCCGGCCCUCUUAUGAGUUUAUCGAGCGCCCCCUUACUCCCUGUGCACCUACGUACGACCAUAGUCUUCGUCGCCCAGUGUCUUCUGCAGACUUUCAGCGAGCUCCUUCAUCCGAGUCCAAGUCCAGCAAGGGUUUAAAGCGACUUGUUUCAUCUCAGGAUCUUCAACGUUCAGAGAAAGACUUGCGUCCUGUAUCUUCGGAUGAUUUCCGGCAAGACGAGCGCCCGACGUCACCCAACCCCCCCUCUACCCAAAGUUCGCGCAAACGCUUUUCCGUUAAUGAGCUCCACCGCUUUUUCUCCUUCUCUCCAGAACCUCCCUCCUCUUUCACAGUUCCUUCCACAUCCACAUCCGCGUCAACCUCGAGUACACACUCUUAUCCCGAUGUCCCAUACGCCGCGGUGCACUUUGUUGAUGAUGAUUACGGAAGGGAGAUCGAGGGCAAGUAUGGUCGCAAUUUCGACCUGCUUAAUGGUGACGAUGACCAGUUUCCCUUGCCUUCGCCUUCACGGCCAAGGGAUAUUAGUUUCGAGUUGCGACUUGACAGUUUGCACUUUGACUCGCUUUCGUUCAACGCUGAAGACUUUGAUGUGAGCAUGAACUUGGAAACCUCAGGGCCAGGCAUUUCACGGCAGUGAUCUCCACUUUUCAUAUGUUGUGAAUAUGACAACUGCUGCGGUUUUUUGCAGAACACAUACAUAUGAUUCUGGACCUCGCGGGGUUGAUUGUUCAUUUCACAUUUAUUCGUGCUUCAUCUCACGACCUGUACGAUAUUGACCCAUAUCUAUAACUCAUGCAGCUCUCUAUGCCGACCUCGAACAUUCUCGUAUAUUGCACGCUUCUACUUUAUAUCAAAAUGUUCUUACAUCAGUCCAUAAUCGCGUUCCAUAAGGUAGAAAACAUGCAAAACCGACAAACUUCACGUGAGGUGACAAGAGUGUGACGCUGUGCAGAACAGUUGAUGCCGAAGUCUGCCGAAUGUGCCGGUGAAUAUGGUACUUCGCAAGAUGUGAGAGCUAAGUAUGUGUGUAGUAUAUGUGAAAAGUAGGACUAUACUAGAU